AGAGGCCAGGAAACAGCGAACGCCACCAAAUACAGCUUAGCUUUUCAACUCUCUCCUACACUUGCUUCCCUGCUCUUUUCUUCUUUUUCUUCUUCCUCUUCCGAACAUGGUGCUGACAGAAAAGGAUCUUUCGACUGCCUUGAACGCAAAAAUCAUUGGGUCAGGAAGUGAAGUCAUGGUUCUGGCACAUGGGUUUGGGGGAGACCAGUCUGUCUGGGACAAAAUCCUUCCCUCCUUGUCUCAACAUUACAGUGUUCUUAUUUUCGACUGGAACUUUUCUGGUGCCAUUGAUCAAGAUCUAAACCUCUACGAUCCUGUCAAGUACUCUUCGUACGAUGCUUUUGCCAAUGACUUAGUUGAACUCCUAGAUGAGAUGAGGCUAAAGUCUUUGGUUUUUGUUGGACAUUCCAUGUCUGGUAUGAUUGGAUGCAUCGCUUCCAUCAAAAGACCCGACCUCUUUAAGAGGCUCAUCCUCGUUGGGUCUUCACCAAGGUACAUAAACACCAAGGGUUAUGAAGGUGGAUUUGGGAACUCAGACAUCGAGCAGAUCAUUUCAAACGUCGAAUCCAACUAUCAAAACUGGGCUUCAGCCUUUGCUUCUCUUGCAGUCGACACAAAAGAUCCCCCUUCGGUAGAUAAGUUUGCAAAAUGCUUGGCAAGAAUGAGAGCUGAAGUGGCACUUCCCUUGGCCAAAACUGUAUUUUACAGCGAUGAAAGACAAGUUCUCGACAUGGUCAUUACUCCAUGCACAAUCAUCCAGACCACCAAGGACUGUGUUGUCCCAAAUUCAGUGCCACUCUAUAUGCAGAAGAAAAUCAAAGGAAAGUCGACUGUGGAAAUGAUAGAAGGUGAUGGACAUUUUCCACAGCUAACUGCGCAUCUCCAGUUCCUUGAUGUGCUAGGACGUGUCCUGGGUUUUCAUGAUCUUGGUCGUGAUUAAUGUACAACAGAUAACAUAAUUACCUCAUGAGAUAUAUAAUAUAUCGAUCUAAUUAAGUUAAGGAAUAGAUCAUGCAGAUAAUUAAUUAGACUAGCUAGCUAGCUAAGCUAGCUAGGAGUACUACUUGUAAUUUCAUGUUCAUGUACUGUUCGUUUAUGGCUAGUUAAUGGGAUAGAGUUAGGAGCUGCA